AUGAGAAAGAGAACCGUCGAUGAAUCACCACCAUUGAGAAGUCAAGAUACCGGAGAACCUUCAAAGAAGAUAAAGCAAUCACCCGGAAAUCCGAUCUCAUCACCUAUUGUCACACCGAGACGAUCAAAUUCAACGCCGCACACAUUUCCAAUACAAUCGGCUUUCAGGCGAGUUCUCGGAGAUUUGACAAAUACACAGAGAUCAUCACCAGUUUCUACCAUCACACAGAGUCAAACGCAACCAACAUCAUCCGUUCCCACGCAGAAUACAUUAUCGAAUGGAAAGGCGAGACUCAAUGCAAGACUCGGGAUUGACGACCCCAAUACAUUGCAAAGCUUAUUAUUUGAUGAAGAGAAUCUUCAACAGGUGAUGAAGAUUUAUUCUUUCCAGGAAUACGAUUGCUCUGAAAAUGAUGAUACAUGCUCAGAGUCAAGCGAAGAUCAUCAAAAUACAGCAGAAGAAGCCGCACGUUUGAAAGAAUUCCUGACUUUUGAUAUUCAGAAGAUUUUGAGAAACCAACACAAUCUCCAGAAAGGAAAAGAAAAGUGUAACGAGAUGAACGUCACAACAGAAGAAAAGAAACUAGAGUAUUUGGAUCACGGUGACCCAACGUAUAGUUGUGACAAAUGUGGUGCUAUUUUCUGGUAUGAUGAGCGCCUUGAUAAAAGAAGGAAGUCGAAAAAUCCAAAGUUCUCUAUGUGUUGCCUUGGCGGAACAAUCAAGUUACCCUUACUAAAGACUCCGCCGAAAGUCUUAAUGGAUUUGCUGAAGGGAACUGACGAAAAGAGCCGCCAUUUUCGCGACAAUAUAAGGGCUUAUAACAUGCUUUUUGCGUUUACCUCUCUUGGCGGUCAAGUCAAUAAAUGUAUACCAAACGGACGGGGCCUAUGA